GGGCAGUGGGGAGACCCGGGGCUGAGGAAGUAAACAAGGGGAGCGAGGCCACAGGGGUGGAGGGUGAUGCUGCUGGGAAUCAACCCCCUCAGACUUUCCACUGCGAAGCGAAACCGUGAGCCCCGGGGUGUGGGGGGCGGGCAGCACCGGGGAGGGGAAGUGGGGAAGGUGAAGGGAAGGCAGGAGGACACGGGCCAGGGCCCUGGGCGCAGCAGCACUGCAUGCCGCCUCGCCAGCCUCUGCUCUCUGCCACCUCCCUGCUGGGUCCAGGGACCACAACCCCCCCCCUCCCCAGGCUGCCUCUCUGGUCAGCUUUCCCCCCAGCCCAACCUCUGGUCAUUGGUCCUCCCCUACUCUGUCUCCUAGCACCUAACCAGUACCCCCCUCUUUCCUCCACCUCCCUCCUGGCAGAACUCUGCCACCCCUCCCCCCUCCCUGACCUCCUCCCUCCGGUGGGCUCCAGGCAGCCCAGGUCCUAGGGGAGAUGUGGGAGGCUCGGCUCCUGGGCUUACUGCUUCUGCAACAGCUGUGGGUGGCUCCAGUGGAGGCUCCAGCGCCCGGGCCAGAGGUCCCAGUGGUGUGGGCUCAGGAGGGCGCCCCUGCUCGGCUCCCCUGCAGCCCCUCAGCGCCCCUCCAAGAUCUCCAGCGAAGAGGAGUGGUCACUUGGCAACAUCAACCAGACAGCGACCCGCCCGCGCCCGCCGCCCGAGGCUCCGGGCCCCAACGCUACACGGUGCUCAGCGUGGCGCCCGGAGGCCUGCGCAGCGGGAGGCUGCCCCUGCAGCCCCGCGUGCAGUUGGACGAGCGGGGCCUCCAGCGCGGGGACUUCUCGCUGUGGCUGCGCCCGGCUCAGCGCGCCGACGCCGGCGAGUACCGCGCCGCCGUGCGCUUGGGCGACCGCGCCCUCGUCUGCCGCCUCCGGCUGCGCGUGGGCCAGGCCUCGAUGACAGCCAGCCCCCCACGGUCUCUCAGGACCUCGGACUGGGUCGUUUUGAACUGCUCCUUCAGCCGCCCUGACCACCCAUCUUCUGUGCGCUGGUUCCGCGGCCAGGCCCGAGUCCCCGUGCACAAGUCCCCCUUGCACUACUGGGCUGAGAGCCUCCUCUUCCUGCCCCGGGUCAGCCCCUUGGACUCGGGGCCCUGGGGCUGCAUCCUCACCUACAGAGACGGCUUCAAUGUCUCCAUCUCGUACAACCUCACUGUGCUGGGUCUGGAGCCCCCAACCCCCUUGACCAUCUAUGCUGGAGCAGGUUCCAGGGUAGAGCUGCCCUGUCACCUGCCUCCUGGUGUGGGGACCCCGUCUUUCCUCACUGCCAAGUGGGCCUCUCCUGGUGGAGGCCCUGACCUCCUGGUGGCCGGAGACAAUGGCAACUUUGCUCUUCGACUAGAGGCCGUGAGCCAGGCUCAGGCUGGGACCUACACCUGCCGCAUCCAUCUGCAGGGGCAACAGCUCAGUGCCACUGUCAUCCUGGCAGUCAUCACAGUGACUCCCCAGUCCUUUGGGAUCCCUGGCUCCCCAGGGAAGCUGCUGUGUGAGGUGACUCCAGCAUCUGGACAUGAGCGCUUUGUGUGGAGCCCCCUGGGCAACCCGUCCUGGAGGAGCGCCCCGGGCCCCUGGCUGGAGGUGCACGAGGCCACACUGCUUUCCCAGCCCUGGCAGUGCCAGCUCUACCGUGGGGAGAAGCUCUUGGGAGCAGCAGUGUACUUCACAGGGUCGCCCAGGCCAGGAGCCCGGCGCUCUGGGAGAGCCCCAGGUGCCCUCAAAGCACCUGUCUCUCUCUCUCUCAUCCUCGCUGUCCUCUUGCUGCUCCUCUUGGUGACUGCAGCUUUUGGAUUUCACCUUUGGAGAAGACAGUGGCGACCAAGAAGAUUUUCUGCCUUGGAGCAUGGUGCUCCCCCCCCUCAGGCUCAGAGCAAGAUAGAGGAGCUGGAGCUGGAGGCGGAGGCAGAGCUGGAGCCGGAGCCGGGGCUGGAGCCCCAACAGGAGCCAAGGCAGCUCUGACGGCCAGAAGCGGCCGGAUCUCGGCUGCUCCCUCCAAAUAAACCCCCUGUCAGCAGCAAGCCUGCCUGUGGCUGUUUCUUGUCCAGUGCCGGUUCCUGUCCCUUCCCUGCCUCUGGGGGCUCCCUUCUCCCACCCCAGCCUCCUAACCUACUUUCCCCAGCCAGUCUCCUCCUCUUCCCCCUUUUUGUUUCUGGCCGCUUCCAGUGUCUCACCCUCACCGUCUCCUGAGGAAUCACUUCUCCCGGGCUGCGUAAAGCCCUCACCUCUCCCCUCUGCAGCCCUCCCACCCACAGGGUGCCAGCUGCCCUGGUUUCCUUUAUAUUGUCAUCCCUCUGGCCGCCCCAGCCCACGCUCAGCUGCACUUUGUCACUGGGGCUAAGCAGUAGGCGGACCCAUGCAUACGUGUGCGUACACACUAACACACACGUACACACAGAGGAGACCAAGUCCCACAACCUUUCUGGAAAGCCAGCUGAGUUUCCUCCCUCUACUCCCCCUAACCCCCCCACCCCACCCCCCAUCCUCAGCCCUGGGUGGUUUUCCUGGUCCCAGGCAUGCGAGCACACUGCCAUCCAGUGGUCACUGCGUGUCACACCCCACCCAGGUCACCCGGCCUGCUGUGGGAGCUGGAGAUGGAAGGCUGCAGUGGCUGAGCCAGAGCACAGAUGGCCGCGCGUGCAGGCACCGUCUUUGUGGCUGCAGCCUCUGUGGGCAACGUGCAAGGGUGCACCCCACAGCUGUCACAUGUCCUCAGUCCCCUGCGGCAAGAGGCUGAACAAUGCAAGCUUCAGGAGAUGCAGCCUUGGCCCUGGCAAGGUUUUAAUCCAAGUCUGACAAAGUGGAAGACUGUGAACAAAGACUGCACGUGGGGACGAGACCAGCCAGCAAGACAGCUGGCCGGGGCUUCGGCUGUGGGAGUCGGGAGCCCUGCUUCUCGUUCCGGCUCUGCUGAUGCCCUCUUCGCCAAUCUCCCCGAGCCUGUUUCCUCACCUACUAAAUGGCAUAAUGGUAAUAGCCCACCAAAAUGGGCUGUUGUAAAUAUUGGGUAAUAAAGGGGCUUUGAAAGCAGAAGCGCUCCCAACACGUGGCA